ACGCGGAAGCGGAACCCGCUGUAGUUCCAUAGUUCAUGUCCAUAACCAAUGAACCCGUGUGGUUCAUUUGAAAUAAACUUCUGUUAUUUAAUGCAAUUAAACUGAUCCCUGACAUCGAAUUCGGUAAUUUCGGUCUUAUUUUGUAGCAAUGUCCGAUAGUACAGAGAACGGCCUGAAAGCGCGAGUGAUUCUCCAGCAGUGUCUGCAUGCACGACUGCAGGUCAAACCUCCAGAAGAAGGGAGUGAGGCUGAGUGGGUUGAGAUUAAUAGGGGAAUGGUUAUCUACAUCUGCUUUUUCAAAGGUGCAACUGAAGAUAUAAUCCCCAAAAUGGUGAACACACUGCUUAACAUGAAGCUCUGUGAGACUGAAUCUGGAAAGCACACCUCAGUGCUUCAGCUACCAGGAAGUGUUCUCAUAGUACCGCAAGCUACGCUUGGAGGAAAACCAAAAGGAAAAGGGAUGCAGUACCAUGGCAACAUUGGGAAAGAUGAAGGCUUGAAGCUCUACAGCAGCUUUGUGUCUCAUUGUCAAAGUGAACUCUUAACUUCCAGGAACGCUGACGCUGUUACAGAGGUCAGACAUGGAACAUAUGGAAACAGACAGGUCUUGAAGCUGGAUACAAAUGGACCUUAUACUCAUCUAAUGGAGUUUUAAGGAUUAUACCAUUUUCUCUUGUUUAUAGAUCAGUAAUAUAUGGGUGUACGGAUCAUCCAGAACUGUUAUAGCUCCACUCCUGAUUAAAAUAUGUAAUGCUUA